AUGUCCACACCAAGCGGUAGCACUAAAGGAGGGCCCCCGGUGUCUACACCGAGCAGCAGCACCACUCAAGAAGGCCUACAACUUGCGAGGCCCAAGGUGUCAAUGGUGGAGUUGAGCAGGAAGGUCAUCGAGCUGCACGAAUACGUAAAAGGCCGUAACAACGUGCACACUGAGAUUAAGCAAAGGGUGUCGAGCCUCAGGUACGCCGUGUUGGAAGCUGACCGCGAGCACACAGCGUUGCGUAAGAGAGCUGAGACUGCUGAAAAGGCUUUGAAGCUGGCCUUGGAGCAGAUUGCGGCGGUGGAAGCAUCAACAGAGUUACAGGAGACGCCGAAAGGACGCAGAAAUAAGAGCUCGAACAAGCGGGAUAGAGAAACACCAGGAGAGGAGGAACGCCCGAAGAAGACUAAGAAUGUUCAAGGUAGCGAGGAGUUGAGCGACGAGAGAGCCAAAAGCGAUUGGAACGUCGUCAAAAAUCGCAAGGAGAAGAAGAAAAAUCAGCCAACAAAGGCCCAGACAGAUCUGAACAAUGCAGAAAAUGUGGAGAGAAGGGACACUUUGCGAAGGACUGCUCGCAAGCGCCAAAGUGCAUGCUCUGCACAGCGGAAGAAGGAAACGUCCAUUCGACGGGUGGAUACAAGUGCCCUGCAUAUAAGAAGGCGAUCGCAGGCCAACAGUAAUGGAGAUAAUGCAGAUCAACCUGAAUCAUUGUGA